UUUCGAUUCUUUUUUCUUUUUCUAUUGAGCAACCAUGGAGAUCCUCAAAAAAGAAUUCGAAGAAGCAUUACCAAACAUUCGUGAAACUCUUUUGGAGGCUGAUUUUAUUGCUGUUGAUGCUGAAUUUUCAGGUCUUGCUACUAACGACGUCAAGUUUCAAAAUGGGGAUGAUAUUCAACAACGGUAUAGCAAGAUUCAAAGUCAUGUACAAGCUUUCGAGAUCGUUCAGUAUGGUGUCUGCGCCUUCAAGAAAACAGAUACUUGUUAUGUAGCGAAACCAUUCAACUUUUAUGUAUUUGGUAGCGAUAAUGACAAUGUCCAAAGUCACCGUACUUUUCUAUCCAGUGCCAGCAGCCUCUCAUUCUUACGAUCUAACAAUUUUGACUUCAAUAAACUGAUCGAUGAAGGUAUUCCUUUUUAUAACUACUCUGAAGAAAGAAGUCUAUUUACAACAACAGGUGGAUAUAGUAUUAUUGGACGUCAUCCUGUACUUGAUGAUACAAUCCUCAACAAACAUCAACGACAAUUUCUGGAAAACUUGCGAAAUAAUUUGGCAAAUUGGCUUCAAAAUGGAACAGGAAAACCUUUACUAGUCCCAACCAACAAUGGUACACAAAGAAAACUCGUAUAUCAAGAAAUACAACAAGGUCGAUAUAAUGGAUUCUUGAAGGCAUCACCAAGAGAUAGUCGAAAUUUGGAAAUUACAAAAAUUGAUGCUGCAGAUAGAUUUCAGAAAUCGUCCAAUUCACCGCAAUUGAAUUUUCGCCACGUAAUUGAAGCUAUACGAGACUCCAACUGUCCAGUGGUAAUUCAUAAUGGAAUGUAUGAUAUCUGUCAUACUGUUGAUCAGUUUUGGCACAACUUACCGGAAAAUGUAAAUGAUUUCAAGCAGCUUGUGGGCAACAUGUGGAACAAGGUUGUCGAUACGAAGUAUAUGGCGGAAUUCCAUCCUAUUUUAAAGAACUGUUUCAAUACCUCCGUCUUGGGAUCAUUAUUCAACACAGUAGAAGAAGAAUUACGAAAGGGUGGACAUAUUAUUCGUAUGGGUGAUGGGUUUGAUCGUUAUUCUGUGAAUGGAAGUCCUGAAUCUUGUCACGAAGCCGGUUAUGAUGCAUAUAUGACUGGUAUAAUCUAUCUUGGCUUCAUUUACUAUAUCAAGGAAAAAGAAGAAGAAGAAUUGGAAAAAAGGACAGGUGAAAAGGGGGAUAUUCCUAUAGAUGGGAAAUAUGACAAUAGUGAUCAAACCACUACCAAGUCAACAUCACAUGUCACAAGUAGCAAUCCUGAAGAGCUAAAAGUGAAUAGCGAAGCAGGAACAACUCAUGCGAAGGAACCAAUCUUUUACGAUACCUCAGUGACACCUUUUUACAACAAAAUAUUCUUGAUGCGAUGUGACAACCCAUAUAUUGAUCUACAAGGUCAAGAGAUUACACAUGGCAAUAUUCAACGAAAUCGAUUUUUCUUGAACAAUAUCCCCACUGGAUUAACAAAUGCUGGUAUAGAACGAUUAUAUCCUGAAAUACAACCUAUUUAUGUUUCAUGGAUCAAUGACAAUACAGCAUGGAUUACUGUCAAGCAUCCAAACAAGAUAGAAUUGGUAAAAUUGGGUAUGUUAGGAAUGGACCGUGUACGUGAUUUUACUCGAAGUGGUACUCGUUAUGUAGAAGGGGAGGCAUUCCGUAUUACUUCUCAAGCAGCUGAAAUGGAAUUAUUAACUGGUGAUCAAUGGGAAGCUCUUCAACAAAAUACUUCAACAUCAACAUAUAUCCAAUCUCAGCAACAAAAUGGCAAAUCGACAACAACAGAACAAUCAAUUGUCUCAUCUGAUUCUUUGGAAAAAGAAGUAUCAUCCUCUGUGCCAAGUGGUGGUGCAAGUUAUGAUGAAUUUGAUAUUCCUCUUCCACCAAGUUUCCGUGCUACUAAACGUGAACAUCCAUCUUCCAAUCAAGAAAAGGAUACCAAGAGAAGCAAGGCUUAAUGAUAAAACGGUUUACAAUCUCUUUUAUCUCUCUAUGUCUAUAGUGAAUUAGUUAUUUCAUUGAUUAUUAUCUUCAUAUAUAUAUAUAUAUAUAUAUUUUUACUUUAGCAUCAUUCAUCUGUAUAAUA